AUGCUCACGACUUGCCCCAUCUGCUUGGUCUCUCUCGCGACAGAUGGGCCUGCCUUGAUUGCCAUCAAGACGUGCGGUCAUGUCAUGUGCACGGAUUGCCUGGAGCAAAUCCGUAACACGCCCCUCUUCUCGCACUGUCAUCUAUGCAGAGAACCGUUUCGACCUACUACUGACCUCGUCCGGGUUCAACUGAAGUUCGGAGAACCGGAGUAUAACCCUAAGUUGUUCUGGAAUCUGAUCCGCAGAAAGGCGGCUCAGCUUCAAGAAGAGCGAGUCAUCAUCGACGGGGAGCGAGAGCGUCUUCGCGCGUCGAAGCAAGCCCUGCAUCGACGCAAUCAGGUUCAGCAUGACCGCAUCCACUCCCACGAGGGUACGCUGCGCAAAUUGCGAGACCGUACGUCGGACAUCCAUGCCGAGGUAGAACAACUGCGGCUCGAGCUUCGCGAGGAGUUGAGCAGGAUCUCCUACAUCCUGGAUAGCCUCUACAACUCCAUAACCGUCUCCUAUAUACCUGGUCACAUCGUGAUAUCAAUCGAGCUCGCCGCGUACUUCGCGACCAAGUCUUCACCUAAAUCGCAGACCUGGACCAGCCUCGACUACAUCUGA